AUGGCUUUUCUUUUAUAGGCUCAUGCCAAAAUCUGGCAUCUCUACAAUACUUCUUUCCGUCCAACUCAGGGAGGCCAGGUCUCCAUCGCCCUAAGCUCCCACUGGAUCAAUCCUCGAAGAAUGACCGACCACAGCAUCAAAGAAUGUCAAAAGUCUCUUGACUUUGUACUAGGCUGGUUUGCCAAACCCAUAUUUAUUGAUGGUGACUAUCCUGAGAGCAUGAAGAAUAAUCUUUCACGUCUUCUGCCUGAUUUUACUGAAGCUGAGAAAAAGUUCAUUAAGGGAACAGCUGACUUUUUUGCUCUUUCUUUUGGACCCACCUUGAGUUUUCAACUAUUGGACCCCCACAUGAAGUUCCGCCAGUUAGAAUCUCCCAGCCUGAGGCAACUCCUUUCUUGGAUUGACCUUGAAUAUAACCACCCUCAAAUAUUUAUUGUGGAAAAUGGCUGGUUUGUCUCAGGGACCACCAAGAGAGACGACGCCAAAUAUAUGUAUUACCUCAAAAAAUUCAUAAUGGAAACCUUAAAAGCCAUUAGGCUGGAUGGGGUGGACGUCAUUGGGUACACGGCCUGGUCCCUUAUGGAUGGCUUCGAAUGGCACAGAGGUUACAGCAUCAGGCGUGGACUCUUCUAUGUUGACUUUCUAAGCCAGGAUAAGAAACUGUUGCCGAAAUCUUCAGCCUUGUUCUACCAAAAGCUGAUAGAGAAAAAUGGCUUCCCUCCUUUACCUGAAAAUCAACCUCUAGAAGGGACAUUUCCCUGUGACUUUGCUUGGGGAAUUGUUGACAACUACAUUCAAGUGGACACCACUCUGUCUCAGUUUACUGACCCGAACGUUUACCUGUGGGACGUCCACCACAGUAAGAGGCUAAUUAAGGUGGACGGGGUUGUGACCAAGAAGCGGAAGUCCUACUGCGUGGACUUCGCUGCCAUCCGGCCUCAGAUAGCCUUACUCCAGGAGAUGCACGUUUCCCAUUUUCACUUCUCCCUGGACUGGGCCCUGAUCCUGCCGCUGGGCAACCAGUCCCAGGUGAACCACACGGUCCUCGACUACUACCGCUGCGUGGUCAGCGAGCUCGUGCGCGCCAACAUCACCCCGGUGGUGGCGCUCUGGCGACCCGCGGCCCCGCACCAAGGGCUGCCGCGGCCCCUGGCCAAGCACGGAGCCUGGGAGAACCCCCACACCGCCUCGGCUUUUGCAGAGUAUGCCCGGCUGUGCUUCAAGGAUCUCGGCCACCACGUCAAGUUCUGGAUCACGAUGGGUGAGCCGUACACACGGAACAUGACCUACAGCGCGGGGCACAAUCUUCUGAAGGCUCACGCGUUGGCCUGGCGCGUGUACGAUGAAAACUUUCGGGGCUCUCAGAAGGGGAAAAUAUCCAUAGCCCUGCAGGCCGACUGGAUAGAGCCGGCCUGCCCUUUCUCCCAAAAGGACAAAGAAGUGGCAGAGAGAGUUUUGGAAUUUGACAUUGGCUGGCUGGCCGAGCCCAUUUUCGGCUCUGGGGAUUAUCCGCGUGUGAUGAGGGACUGGCUCACGCAGAGAAACAAUUUCCUUCUACCUUAUUUCACUGAAGAUGAAAAAAAGCUAAUCCGGGGUUCUUUCGACUUUCUGGCCGUAAGCCAUUACACCACCAUCCUCGUCGACUGGGAAAAAGAAGAUCCAAUGAAAUACAACGAUUACCUGGAGGUGCAGGAAAUGACCGACAUCACGUGGCUCAACUCCCCCAGUCAGGUGGCAGUAGUGCCCUGGGGCUUACGCAAAAUUCUCAACUGGCUGAAGUUGAAGUACGGAGACCUCCCCAUGUAUAUAAUAUCCAACGGCAUAGACGAUGAUCCGCAGGCAGCGCAAGACAAGCUGAGGGUGUAUUACAUGCAAAAUUAUGUAAAUGAAGCUCUGAAAGCCUACAUAUUGGAUGGUGUCAAUCUUUGUGGAUACUUCGCUUAUUCAUUCAAUGAUCGCACAGCUCCAAAGUUUGGCUUCUAUCAUUAUGCUGCAAAUCAGUUUGAGCCCAAACCGUCCAUGAAACAUUAUCGGAAAAUGAUUGACAGCAAUGGUUUCUCGGGUCCUGAAACUCUGGGGAGAUUUUGUCCAGAAGAAUUCACCCUGUGCACCGAAUGCGGCUUUUUUCAUACCCGCAAAUCUUUACUGGCUUUCAUAGCUUUCCUACUUUUUGCUUUUAUUAUUUCUCUUUCUCUGAUUUUUUACUACUCUAAGAAAGGCAAAAGAAGUUACAAGUAG